AUGGCUUCUGCGGGCACGACUGCUGGCCUUGAGUCUUUGUCCAAUGCUUCACAAGAUGCGAAGCCAAAGUUAUACAACAACCUACUCGACCAGAUCACUACUUCGAAGACCUCUACCGAUCAGCUCACGGCUGACUUGGUUGCCUUAUCUGAUUCGAUCCUAUCCGGCUCGUUGAGCAUCGUAGCCACACGUCCACUCCUUACCAAUUUCAUCCAAAGCCUAUCAAAACUUUCACCUGACACUGUUGUCACGGUUGGCUCCCACGUCCUCAGUGCUUUCCAAUCCCAGUCUACAACCUUCGAGGAGCAAGAAGGCCUUCUUCGAGAGGCAUUAUGUACAGCAUACGAGGCUCAGGAAGACUACACCUCUGCUGCAAAAGCACUUCAAGGCAUACACCUUGACACUUCUCAACGACAAAUCACAGACGAAGCUAAAGUACAGAUGUGGAUCAAGAUAGUGCGACUGUACCUAGAAGAUGACGAUACUGUCUCUGCCGAACAAGCUUUGAACAAGAUUAAGAAUCUACCAUCCUCGAACCAGACAUUAGCCAGCAAUUCAGACCUGAAGCUUCAUUACCAGCUUUCGCAAGCACGAAUCUUAGAUGCACGGCGCAAGUUCCUGGAUGCUUCAGCUGAAUACCUCAAUGUCUCUCUGUCAACUGACGUUGCCGAGGAUGAUCGCUUGCAAGCACUAUCUGCCGCAAUAAAAACAGCGAUCCUCGCGCCUGCUGGGCCACAACGAAGUAAGACUCUAGGCAAGCUGUACAAGGACGAGCGUGCGUCUGAAACAGAAGAAUAUGGCAUUUUGGAAAAGAUGUUCCUUGACCGCCUUCUGUCUGCUGAGGAGGUCGAUACCUUUGCCGCUAGUUUGCUGCCCCAUCAGCUUGCUCAGACUGCGGAUGGAAGUACGGUUUUAGCAAAGGCGGUCAUUGAGCAUAAUCUCCUUGCCGCCAGUAGACUCUAUGAGAACAUCUCCACUAUGGCUUUGGGCAAGAUCCUAGGGCUUGAAGACGGAAGAGAGGACACGGCGGCUGAGAAAGCAGAGGACUACGCAGCCAGGAUGAUGGAGCAGGGAAGGCUGAAGGGGAAGAUUGAUCAGAUUGAUGGUGUCAUCUCGUUCGAGAUUCAAGAUGGUGUCCAGGCUGGCUCAAGUGAAAGAGAGCUUCGAAUGUGGGAUUAUGGCGUACAAGGUCUGGUUGAAGAUGUGGAGAGAUGCGCUGCUGGGAUCAGCGAAGCUUUUCCAGAGCUGACAGCAGAACGCAUGGUGCACUGA